GAGAAGCAAAACCACCGCAUCAGAGCCAGAAGGCCCGAGCAGAGAAUGGGGCUGGGCGCCGGGCCAGGCGGGGCACCCGGGGUGACAACCAGGACCAGCCCUCGGCGCAGCCAAAUCAUUGUUGACUGAUAGAACUUGAAGAGCUUCUGCAUUUUUGUUUGAAGGAAAAUUGGAAACAAAAUGGAAGAAAGCAACACAGAGUGCAAAAAUUUGGUUGAUGAUAGUUUUGAAGAAGUUCCCAGUAAGAAGGUCAUUGAGUUUAAACCUCCAUUAUACAGACAGCGUUACUAUUUUGUGAAAAAUUUAGUGAAUAAACAUAAACCUAAGAAGGUUGCAGACUUGGGGUGUGGUGAUUCUUCACUCAUAUGGAUGCUUAAAUUUCACAGUUGCAUUGAACAGCUUGUUGGAGUAGAUAUUGAUGAAGAUAAAUUGCAAUGGAAAGGGAGCAAGUUAUCACCAUUCAUGGGGGAUUUUCUAAGUCCCCGGGAUCUGAACUUGACUAUUACCUUGUAUCAUGGUUCUGCUGUGGAGAGAGAUUCUCGUUUGCUUGGAUUUGAUUUGAUAACAUGUAUUGAAUUAAUAGAACAUUUGGAUUCGGAAGAUUUGGCCAUGUUUCCCAAAGUUGUGUUUGGUUACUUGUCUCCAGCUAUGGUCGUCAUCAGCACACCAAACUGUGAAUUUAAUCCCCUGUUUCCAACAGUGACCUUAAGAGAUUCAGAUCACAAAUUUGAAUGGAACAGAUUGCAGUUUCAGACCUGGGCUUUGGAUGUGGCAGGUCGUUACAAUUACUCAGUAGAGUUUACUGGUGUAGGGGAACCACCUGCAGGAGCUGAGGACGUUGGAUACUGUACCCAGAUAGGGAUCUUUCAGAAAAACAUCACAAAAACCGAAUCAUGCAGUUCAGAGCACCAUAGUGAGCAUAUUUAUAAAGCUGUUUUUACAGCCUCUUACCCGAGUUUACAGCAAAAAAAAUUCCGCCAACUUGUAUUGAUUAAUGAAGUGUUCCGAGAAAUUCAAAGCAUGAAACACAGAUUCGUUCAAAAUCUGAAACUACAGGAUGACAGGGAAUUUGCUAAGUCAGAACAGUCAGAUGGCAUUGACCUCUCUAAGACCUGCAUCACAUUUCAUGGACCAGUCUUCACAGAAGCUGAAAAAACCAACAUAGAGAGUUCUCCCAAACCUUUCUGUGUUGGAGAUAAAUUUUAUGUACCUCUGGAAAGACUCUUUGCUUAUCCUAAGGUUAACCGCUUAUGUGAUAACAUAGAAGCACUGAAGACUCUUAUUGCUGACUCAGUCGGCUUGAACAGUGAUGGCUCUGCAGUGAAGGUUGACUUGCAUGAUGAUAGUGAUAAUUACUGAGCCAUCCUUAGUUCCUGAAAUUCAGGGUCUGAUAGUUGGACUCAUUUAGAAUUUGAACUUUUUGUGUAGUCAUAGUUCAAACAAUUUCUAAUUUUGAAAUUAUCUACCUAGCUUUGUUAUUUUUAAAAUAUGCUCCUGGGGGUGGAGAUUUUGUUUAUAUUGUUUUUGGUUAUAUAAUUUCUGAUGUUUGAGCCAUAUGUUGAGUGUGACAUUAAAACAGUUUUGAAGAAAAUCAAAUCAAUUAAUGUAGUUUUCAAAACCUUUUUGGGGGGAGUUUAAAAUAGUUUUAAUUUUCUUAUAUAGAGAGAAUUUUCUCUUUGGGCUAAAUUCUAAACUGACACUUAACCUGUCCUAUCAUAAAACUGGAAUACACGUUUGAUGGGGAAAACACCUCAUUGUUCAUAUUUUUGGAACAUUUUCUUUGGCAACUGAUUGGAAUUGGGGUAGGAGUAGUAAUAAUGUGAGAUCCACAUGUCUUUUUAACUUAAAAAAUCUUUUUAUUAUCUUUAUUGGAUAGAGACAGCCAGAAAUCAAGAGGGAAAGGGAUAGUGAAGGAGAGAGACAGUGAGACACCUGCAGCACUACUUCACCACUCACAAAGCUUUCCCCCUGCAGGUGGAGAGUGAGGACUCGAACCUGGGUCCUUGUACACUGUAACAUGUGCACUCAAUCAGAUGUGCCACCACCUGUGUCCCUGAGAUCCAUAUCUUUCUAUAACUCCUAUACCUACAUCCUUCUUAAAAUUUGCCCUUAUCUGCCUAUUCUGCCAUGAGCUCUUUUCUUUCUUUUUCUUCCUUCUUCCCUUUUUCUUUUUUCCUAUUCGAAAGUUUCAUUAAUACUCAAAGUCAAGGAUUAAUAAAUAUUUCUGUAGCAACUGGUAACUCUUCAUGAGCUGACGUGGAAAAGCAUCUGUAGGUAACAUGUGAGUGACAUGGCUGUGCUGUACUACAAUGUGAUUGCUUAAAAGGCAGCUUCUCAUUUUGUCCUUAAAUUUAUGAGCCUUUGAACAAGCCACAGCCAGACUGGCAAAAUAGCUCACUUGGCUGGUGUGUUUGCUCUGUCGUGUGUGUGAUGCAGGUUCGAAUCUGGCCCCCCACUCAUUAGAGAACUUUUCAGUGCAGUGGUCUUUUUUACUCUUUCUCUCCCUCUCUUUGUAUAAAAAAUAAAGUCAUCACAGAGCAUUGAAAUACAUACCUGUACUAUUUACCAGUACACAAAAUGGAGACCUUCCUAAAGGGA